AUGCCAUUCCCAAGGCCAUUCAGUCAAUAUAUCCGGCAUUUUUCUACAACAAUAAAACUUGGCUAUAAAAACUAUUAUUUAACAAAAGGCUUGAAUGACAGCCUAUUAAGAAUAAACUUAAGCACACCUAAUAAACUACUUGGCAUAUACACAUCAAGAGGCACAAGAUCAGCAAAUGAAGAUAAUUACAGUGCUGUUUCUUUAGAAUUAGCGAAUACCCCACAAUUACUGCACAUGACAAAAGAAGCAGACAGAGCCUAUUUUGGAAUAUUCGACGGGCAUGGAGGACCAGUUGUUUCAGAAUGGUUAGCACAUAGAUUACAUGACCGUAUUGAAUCUGUUACACUUGACGACUUUGCCAAAGUCUUGACAUUCUUGCGCGCCUAUCGAGGCUAUUUUCGCAGAUUCCCGAUUCCUAAAGUACUAGAGACACUUGUAGAUAACGACGGUCGACCCAAAGAAGGAGUAGAUAUCCAUGAUCUGACCCUAGAGCAGCGAUUGACACUGGCGUUCUUAGAAGCAGAUAUGCAGUGCUUGAAGCAGCUGCGUGGUGAGUUUGAUGAUUCUCAUGAAGAUCAUGAAGGAUCAACGGGAAGUAUCGCGGUUAUAGAGCCCAGAGACAAAAAGGCAUUUUGGGAAAGCGAGGAGUAUGAUAUUGUCAUAGGUCAUGUAGGCGAUACGAGGAUAUUACUGUGUGAUUCUAGUUCAGGUGAGGUCGUUCCUUUGACAACAGGCGACCAUCAUCCGGGGAAUCCCGCAGAAAUAGAACGACUGAGAAAGUAUGCAGGGUUUGUGACGACAGAUUCUUGGGGAGAUGAGCGAAUUAUGGGUAUGUUGGCUACAAGCCGGGCGUUUGGAGAUGCGAAACUGAAAAAGUAUGGCGUUUCCGCUGAGCCCGAUAUUGUUAGAUACCGAAUACGACAGAAGAAUCCGGCAGCAUUUAUGGUCCUGGUGACAGAUGGCAUUACUUCAGUAUUAUCGGAUCAAGAAGUGGUUGAUAUUGUCAAGCAACACAAUGAACCAGCAAGAGCAGCUCGAAAGGUAGUGGACACUGCAGAUGAACUACAUAGUGAAGACAAUAUCACUGCUAUGGUUGUUCGGCUCAAAGACUGGGGAAAACGAAUGCAUGAUCAUACAAGUGAUUUAAGAGUGUAUCGUUUAGAAAGCUCAACUAUGAGUAGAAGACAGACCUGGUAG